AUGUCUCCUAAAAAGAAAUGCGCUGGAUGUUGUCGCAUCUUGGAGAAAAAUAUUGCGUCCAUGCAAUGCGGUCAGUGCAAAGAUAAUUAUCACACUGUAUGUGUGAAUAUAGAUGAUGAAAAAUUCAGCAUGCUCACAAAGGAAUGGAAGGCCAAUUGGACAUGCCCGGUUUGUGUAUGCAGGAAGCCACGAACUAGGGAUAACACCAAUACACCUGUGCGGAGCGGCAGCUCAGGCGGAGUCACUGCUAGCGGGGCCACGGUGACCCCGAUCACGUACAUAACUGACGAGCUCGCGGCGUCGCCCGCAUCUUACGAAAAUAUAACACGCCGCACGAAGGUGGUUGCUACCAAAUCAAACCGUUCACCGUCGCCUGAUAUAUCUCAUGAAAAUACAGUGGAAGCUGAAGCAAUAGGCAGUUCUGCGGCUUAUGUCACUGAAAAUCGUUUGCGUGAAAUUUUGAGACAAGAGAUCUCCCAUGUGCUUAAAACCACGAUAAGAGACUUGGUUUCAGAGGAGUUCUCAAGCAUCAAACAAGAGAUCUCUAAUUUUAAUGAUUCGUUGAACUUCUUUAAUAGUUGUUUCGAAAACAUAAAGAAAGAGAUGGAGGAAAAAACGGCAACGAUUAAGAAUCUCCUAACAGAAAAUGCUAGCUUACAGUACACAGUAAGCGAUCUUUCAAACAGGAUGGGGACUCUUGAACAAGUAUUACGCGAGAGUAAUGUGGAAAUAAAUGGAAUCCCCGAAAGAAAAUCUGAAAAUUUGGUAAAUAUUAUAACACAAGUAGCUAAGUCUGCUGACCAUGAACUGUUGGUAGAAGACAUACUGCAUGUGACAAGGGUCGCAAAGCUCAACCCAAAAACUGAUCGAGCCCGCACAGUAGCAGUAAAGCUGCGCAGCCUGCGCCAGCGUGACGCAUUGUUGGCCGCAGUCGCUACUUACAACAAAAGGAACCCAACCAACAAGCUCAGCACUUCACACUUAGGCUUUGAAGGACCAAGCACUCCCGUAUUUGUUGCAGAACAUCUUUCACCCAGCAAUAAAUCCCUGCAUGCCGCCGCACGUAAGAAGAAAAGAGAAUUAGGAUACAAGUAUGUUUGGGUACGCAACGGGCGUAUAUACAUGCGAAAGGAUGAUUUUAGCCAGGUCUUACUUAUUCGGAAUAUGGACUGUCUAAACAACGUGAAGUAG